AUGUCGAAAGUGUUUGGCGGAGCCAUGUGCAAGACGCUUGCCCUUGCGGCGGCGCUCUUCACCUUUACCGCCGCAAACCUACACCAGGUGCCCCUUGGGUCUAUGCCAUUUCCUGCUGAUCAUGAAUUCACGACGCAAUGGGACGAAGAAGCGUGUACGAUUAGCAGGAGCACGGCCUUCGAAGUGCUCGACGGCCCCAACACGUUCAACACGGCGCCGUCCGAACCCAUAAACUCGGUCAAGAUCACGCCCGCAAUCAACAAGACCAACUGGGAGCAGUGGGAGUUCGACGGCCUCUCCCACACGGGCCUUUCAUUUAUCAUGGUUCUCUUCUCCCGAGACUACUCGUACUACUUCUUCGGCAAGGGAAAUCUGCGCGUGGAAGUCUUCAUGACCCUCCCGGACGGCAGGAAGGUCCAGGAGCUUGACUAUGUCAAGGAGUCCACCGUCAUUGACUGCCCCGGCUACACGGCCGGCAUCUGGAACACCUCCAGUAGGUCGUACUCAUUUUACACCUCCAAGGACCUCAAAUACACCAAGGUCGACUUCGACUCGCCCAAGAUCCGCGGUACCUACAAGUUGUCGGCUACCACGCCUCCCCACCACGCCGACGGCUCGGCCUGGGACCCAGAGGCCGGGAAGAGCGCUGAAGACGCGGCCCUGAUCUCGCCCGACUUCUACUACAGCGUCCCCGUAGCCGGCGGCGUGGCCGAGGUGGAUGCGGUCCUGGGGUCGGGCAAGAAGCUGUCCUUCAGCGGCAGGGGUGGCUCAACCCGUCUCUGGGCGCAACAAGGCUGGCUCGGCUUCUGCGAGAGCUGGGUAGCCGUCCGAGCCUGGGCGGGGCCCUACACCUUCACCUACUGGGAAAUAGUCUCCCGCGUGGGCGCGUACACGGGCAAGAAGUUCGUCUCGGGCCACCUGUUCUACAAUGACCAGCCCCUGGCCGGCACGCGCGUCGACGGCAACGCUUCCGAUACCGCCGCCGCCGAGGACUCCGUUCGCAUCACGCACAACUACGACGGUGAGAUCGCGGGCACGCUGAUCGACAAGAACACGGGCCACGUCAUCGAGUUCGCCUCGCCAAGCCGAGACAAGAAGUGGCGGUUCGAGCUGCAGCACACGAUGAAGCAGUACGAGCUGCCCGUCGGCGGCGGGCUCGGCAUGAGCGACUUUGCGAACCGCGUUUUUGGCGGCGACGUCGAGGGCAAUCAGUACGAGGGGCGCGGCCUGACGGAGCAGGCUGUCUUCCCCGCGUACGUCCCGCAGUGGGCGGUCUGGCUGCUGUAUGGUGUCGGCUUCUUGGGCACCGGGAAGGACUACGCUGUCGACUUUGUCAACUACUUGUUCUCUUAA